CAUGGUCCCCAACUCUCAUCCUAUGAGCCCAAGAAAUCCAGGAAACAAUAUAUAUCAUAUUUAACAAAAAUGAAUUCAGUCGUGGUCGUCGUCCCGAUCAACAACCCAGAAGGAGAUGACAAAAGUAGAGUUGCAGGAGGAAGCAUGGAGAAGACGACAGAGGAGCGUGAUCAUCGGUGUUGUUUUGUUUCCAAGAAUGGUUUUUCCUCCAUUAAGGAAAAAAUGGCGGCGGCCGUGAAAAGUGAAUUCGACAAGAGAAAGGCGGUGCACAGCGUUAAGGUUGGGAUGGCUUUGGUUCUGGUCUCCCUUUUGUAUAUGCUGGACCCUCUUUUCCGGCAAGUCGGACAGAAUGCGAUGUGGGCUAUCAUGACCGUCGUCGUCGUCUUCGAGUUUUUCGCAGGUGCGACACUGAGCAAAGGGAUAAACCGAGGAAUCGGCACCAUCGUCGGCGGCUUACUAGGAUGUUUUGCGGCGGUCUUGGCCGAUCAACUUCCCGGCUAUCGCAGUGCUUUUGUCGUUGGCAUUUCCAUUUUCAUUAUAAGUGCGGCGGCGACGUACUCGAGGUUGGUGCCGGGGAUCAAAAGGAAGUACGACUAUGGAGUGAUGAUCUUCAUCCUGACGUUCAACUUGGUGGUGGUUUCUGGCGUGCGCGCCUACAAGGUUAUGAAGCUGGCUCGCGAGCGUCUCUGCACCAUCGGAAUGGGCUUCGCCGUCUGCAUCUUCAUCAGCCUGCUCGUCUUCCCGGAGUGGGCCGGCGACGAACUCCAUUCCUCCACCGCCGCCAAGUUUGACAAAAUCGCUUCUUCUCUUCAAGGGUGCCUGGAGGAGUAUUUCAUGGUUUCCGACGAGAAAGAAAGCAAAGCAACUGCCGAUGUCAGUGGUUGCAAGGCUGUCUUGCAUUCCAAGUCCAACGAAGAAUCAUUGGCAAAUUUUGCAAAAUGGGAACCGUGGCAUGGGAGGUUUGGGUUCGCUUAUCCAUGGGAAAAGUACUUGGAGAUUGGGGAAGCUCUAAGAGAACUUGCUGCAACUGUAAUUUCUCUUAAAGGUUGCAUUCAAUCAUCUGCACAGCCAUUGCCAACAGAAAGAGGAGUCAUCAAAGAGGCCUGCGAAGCCGUGGGGGUAACGCUGGUGUGGAGUCUGAGGGAGAUUGGAGAGAGCAUAAAAGACAUGAAAGUAUGCAGAGCUAAGGUCACAAUAAGUCCAAAGUUACAGUCCAUGAAACAAGACAACCUUAAUAACCAUAAUAAUGUGAACUCACCUUCGGAUUUGGGCAUGGCAACCUUUGUUUUCCUGUUGAAUGAGAUGGUGGAGAAGGUUCAAGUGUUGGCAACAAAGGUGGAACAACUAGGAGACAUUGCUGGGUUUCACACCAAAAAAUUUGAGGCCUAGCUAGCUAAAUCAUCAUAUUCAAAGGUUUAAUUUAACCAUACAAAAUAUACUAAAUAACGGUUAAUUAUAUCGUUGGAA